GUGUGUGUGUGUGUGUGUGUGUGUGUGUGUGUGUGUGUGUUCACUAGUUGCCCAUCUCUGGUCUGCACUGUAAUCAGAAUCAGAAUCAUCUUUUUUGGCCAAGUAUGUAAAACACACAAGGAAUUUGUCUCCGUAGUGUAGCCUACCCGACUACAGUACAGUAUUGCAAUAACAAGCAACUACGAUAGACAUGACAUAUAAGUAUGUAAGAUGGCAGAACCAUCACAGACAAAUGACACGCCUGAUUCACUUAUUGUAGUUUGCAUUCGGGCUAGGCUAUGUUUUUUUUAACCAACAAUUGAUAUCUGAUUCUAAUUGUAGAUGAAUGCUACUUUUGCAAGGUAGAAAUUGGCAAAAAAAUUUCUUUGACAAUGUUUAUUGCAAUUGACUCUGAUUGUCUUCCACCAGGCUCCUUUUUUUGUCAUAUGGAAAACAAUGUGAAAAUGAUUCCAAUGGUGGUGUUUGUUUCUUUAUGCGAAUUAAAGAAGCUAGUAGCUAUUUUGAUACAAACAUCCCCGAUUGGGUGACUUCUAUGUGGCAGCCAUGUCUUUACUGAAGCUGCUUAAAAAUUCCAAUUUAAAAUAACAAUAUAAUACCCUGAGCAAUAAAAUGAAAUGAAUCCAUCAUUAAAUCAGGUAAUUUUUGAGCGCUACUUUCCAUUUUGUUUUUAUUGAGUGUGUUCAUGUCACCGUCAGUGGAUGGAACCACUGACGGUGACAUGAACAAUACAGGGGAGGAAACACUUCUUUGUGCCUACGUGUGUGUGCUUUGUAUGUGUGUGUUUGUCAGUGUGUGGGUCAUGAAUGCACCACUGUUAUCAGCUAGAGACAUUGAACACAUCCACCGUGACCUCCAGCUUCUGCUUCGGCUUUGGGACCUUGAGUAAACUUCAAACUUGCCAUCAGAGAAACGUGGGAUUAAUAUCUUUCUGUUUUGUCUUUCUGCUUGUUUUUUAUGUUAUGGUCAUUCGUGGACUUAUAAUGGAGAAUUAAAAUGGUGAGAAAGAAAAAACUGCUUGUGUUUGAGACUUGUGGAAGCAUGUUGUGGGAUGGCUAAACAUCAACAAAGCUCUAGUAUGGCCUCGAAUGACCCUGCUGAUCCCUCUGGCGACCCCCAGCCUGGGGAUCUCAUUGAGAUCUUCAGACCAGCCUAUCAGCAUUGGGCACUCUACCUGGGAGAUGGUUACAUCAUCAACUUGACUCCUGUUGACGAGAGCCAGGCCGCCGCCAUGUCCAGCGUGAAGUCGGUCUUCAGCCGGAAGGCGGUGGUGCGCAUGCAGCUGCUGAAGGAGGUGGUGGGAAGUGACUCGUACCGUGUCAACAAUAAGUACGAUCACAACCACACGCCCCUGCCCGUCUGUGAGAUCAUCCAGCGAGCGCAAAUCCUGAUUGGCCAGGAGGUGUCCUAUGACCUACUGGGCAGUAACUGCGAGCAUUUUGUCACCUUGCUGCGUUACGGGGAAGGAGUGUCUGAACAGGCUACAAGGGCCAUUGGAGCCAUCAGUUUGGUCACAGCAGCAGCAAGUGCAUUCUCUGUCCUGGGACUGAUUAACACUCGAUCCAGAAACAGGCCCUUCUGACAGCUUCUGUGCAGCUGCUGCGGUUCAAGAUAUUUGCUCCAGAAAGUCAGCAGCCGUUCUAGGUUGAUGGUGAAAGGAAUCAUGAAUAAAAACAAACGUAUUACAGGA